CAAAUACAAUCUAAAGUCAAGCAUCUACAGAAAAUUUUGGCAUAUCCUCCAUUGUUAACAAUUUUAAGGGUGAACACGGUACAUUUUACUAUUGAUGAAGCAGAAAAAAUGUUAAGAGAUAUCAUAGAAAAGCGAGCUGAACGUAAGUUGGCUAACUUACAAAUUCUUCGCCACCCUGUGAUUCCUGAUGUCUUAAUGAUCCCUGCCCAGAUUAAUAACGAUAUCACUGUAGUUGGCAAGGAAGUUAUAGUUGGAUCUCAAUGUGGCAUGUCAGUUUUAAGAGGAGCUAAUGUUUUUGCUAUCGGAAUUAGAGGAGCUGAUCCAAAUAUUCAAAUAGGUGAUACAGUUUCAGUUUACGCAGAUAUUCAUGAUAUCUGCCGCGAUGGUACUACCGCAAAGUUUACUGAGGAAAAAUUAUUUGUCGGAAAUGGCAUAGCAAAGAUUAGUCGCCGAGAAUUAUUCAAAGGCAAUAAUAAGCCAAGAGGAAUCGCUGUAGAAGUUUCGGAACCCCUCUAUCUAUUUCCAGCUUUAAACGGAAUUGGGGAUGAAUUCGUAUUUUUGCAAAACUUACCAUCUGUCGUUGCUAGUCAUGUCCUUAAUCCUCAUGAAGGAGAUACUAUUCUAGAUAUGUGUUCUGCCCCAGGAGGCAAAGCGACUCAUAUCGCUACGUUAAUGAAAAAUAAGGGCACUAUUAUAGCCUUGGAUAAAAGUAAAUCAAAGUUGCAUAAAAUUAAAUCUAAUGCAGAAAGAUUAAAUUUAUCUUGCAUUGAAGUAUUUGCGUUCGAUAGUACUAAAGCAGUCGCCGAUAUCUGUCAAUGUCAGGAAGGCCUACGUUGUCCGCCCUUUGCACUUGAAAGCUUCGAUCGUAUCUUAUUAGACCCUCCCUGCAGCGGGAUGGGGCAAAGGCCUUGUUUAGCCUAUAAAAUGUCAGCAAAAGAACUGCGUUCUUAUUCUUGUUAUCAACGGAAGUUAUUAUCUCAGGCAUUCCAGCUUUUGAAAGUUGGAGGCAUUUUAGUAUACUGUACGUGUACUUUAACCUUGUCUGAAAAUGAAAGAAAUAUUUCUUGGGCAUUAUCGAAUUAUCCUGAACUGGAACUUUGCAAUCAGAGUCCCUAUCUUGGUUGCCCUGGAAUUCAAGUUGAAGGGUUAAACAAAGAUCAGGCUAAUUCAUUGCAACGAUUUGAUCCUAUCAACAUUGCAGAUUCAAUAUUGCGAUACCACGAAUCACCUGGUGAGUAUUUUAGGUCAGAAUGUACUUACUCAAUGAAAUUUAAAAGUUAA